AUGUAUUCCUCCAAGAUUAUCUUGAUCUUUGUUACUCUUCUUUGUGCUCUUUCGACCGUUAGGGCACAUAUGGUGAUGAAAUUUCCAACUCCUCGAGGGCCAAAUGUGGGAACUUCUCUUUAUCAGGCUCCAUGUGCUUCGUACAAUAGUCCUAACGCCUCUGCUAUCACAACCUUUCCUCUGAAUGGGGCAGCAAUUAUGUACUUUGGACAUGGUGAAGGAAGUCUAGUUUACUCUUAUGCUCCCAACAGCAACGCCACAUUCGCCAAAGUUGCCGAACCGGUUACCCUUCUGCAUAACGAUACUUAUCCGCGCAAUUUUACCACGAAUGUGGACUUGAAGUUGGCUGGUGCUAAAGUUGGCGAUCAAGGUGUCCUGCAAGGUGUCUACGUCUCAUCAAACUCGACUUGGUAUCAAUGUGGCGAUAUUAAGAUUGCAGAUGCGGUCACAACUACGUCUUCGGCAACUGCAAUCGUUAGUGGUACCGUACUGCUCUAUACGACUCUAGCUGUAGUUUUUAUGUUGAACUACAAAAUUUAA